GGCUUUUUCAGGAGCUGCUCGCUCGCAGCCCGAGACGCUGCUGCUUUUUUUUUUCCGGGUUCGGAGCCAUUCCGGAUGCUUUAGGCUGCCGGAUGUCUGAUCUCCGGAUAACUGAGGCGUUUCUGUACAUGGAUUAUCUGUGUUUUCGAGCGCUUUGCUGCAAGGGACCACCACCUGCGCGCCCUGAAUAUGACUUGGUUUGCAUAGGCCUCACGGGCUCCGGGAAGACCAGUCUGUUGUCUAAGCUCUGCAGCGAAAGCCCGGAGAACGUUGUGUCGACCACAGGUUUUAGUAUAAAGGCAGUGCCACUCCAGAAUGCCGUUUUGAAUGUAAAAGAACUUGGAGGAGCUGACAAUAUCCGGAAAUACUGGAGCCGCUACUACCAAGGAUCUCAAGGGGUAAUAUUCGUAUUAGACAGCGCCUCUUCAGAGGAUGACUUAGAAACUGCUAGGAAUGAACUGCACUCCGCUCUCCAGCACCCACAGCUAUGCACUUUACCCUUUUUGAUAUUGGCCAAUCAUCAAGACAAGCCAGCAGCUCGCUCAGUACAAGAGAUCAAAAAGUAUUUUGAACUUGAACCACUGGCACGUGGAAAGCGCUGGAUUCUGCAGCCCUGCUCUCUGGAUGAUGUGGACACACUGAAGGACAGCUUCUCCCAGCUCAUAAACUUGUUAGAAGAAAAAGACCACGAGGCGAUGAGAAUGUGAGACCCAACACAGAAGUUCCGGGAAAGCCUCGAAUCCACCGUGUUCGUUCCCCACCCUGAUUCCAUCGUUGGUAUCGAGACUGGCCCGGCUUCAGUAUCUACUUGCCUCUAGCUAUUUCAGACUUUCAUCUCUCUGUUAAUGUGACUAUUCUGAUAAGUCAGGUGGAUUAUCAUCGGCAUUAACGUCAAGUACACACUACUGAGAGAGAAUUGAUUCUCUGGUUACCACUAAUUAUCUUCACCGCAUGUCUCUUCCUCUCGUUGGUCUAAGNAUCUCUUCUCUGCUUUGUGCUCAAGUGGAUGGAAUGCANGGCUCAUGGGAGUGGAAACCCCUUCUGAAGACCUCAGAAAGUCUCAUGUGGCUUCACUAACUUUUCUGGACUUGGGAUUGGAGGAUUCUAUCCGAGACUCUACAGGAUAUAUACGCCAUUGACAUUUCCGUGAUCUCUUAGGGGUUGGAGUUUUUUUACAUUUUAUUUUAUCUUGUUCUGGUUUUCAUAUUAUUUUCCUGUGUGUGUGAGGAUUUUGACUUUACAGGCUGAGUGAAAAAUGGCGGCCCAAAACUUCACCCAGUCAUCUUCUCUGGCUCUGAAAAAAAAAUCUAGACAUGGAAGAAUUGCUUGAUCCUGCCUGCAGCCGCAUCCCCUGCCUAAGGAGGAGGGCAUCCUAGCUGAGGGAGUGGGAGCCAAUUUAGGCAAGAGCAGGCAUUGCUGAUUUGAGUCUGGACCCUUCAGCUAUUUCUUAACGGCAUUCGUCUGCAUAAAACCAUGCUGCAACAUAAGCAUUGGCCUUUCCUAAAACUCAGAAACGUUGGAAUGAAAUCUAGAAAAUGGCUUUUCAAAUAAUAAAUGUAACAGCCAAAGUCUAAUUCAUGGUUAGGACUUAAGCUGGCAUGGGUUUGAGGAAGCUCAAAGAGGAACCCCGUUAUUUAUUCAUCAAAGGCUAAUGUCACUUAGGGGACUCUGCUCAGGCCUCCAUUGAGUAGUUAAAGGUCUGUCAGUAUUUUUAUUAUAAACCUCUGUUUUCAGAGGUGCCAAUGUGCCCUUAGAGUAUGCUGGGCUACAGCAGAUAAAUAGACUCAGUCUUUGAAGCUAAUUUUUUUCCAUUUAAUUUAAAUGAUAAAAUUGCCUAGAAUAAAAUGUACAGUUUUAGUAAGAUUCAGCACCUUUGACCUUUUUAAAAUCAGGACUAAUCUAUGAAUAUUCAGGUUCAUAGAUGAAAUAUUCUUUGGCAUAUCUUGUAGACACUUGACCACUCAUUAAAAUACUAAGUGGCCAAAUGAUAGAAAACUGCUCCCUAGGCCCAAGCAAUAAAAACACGUGUCUGUCAUUUUUAGGUAGUGUAGACUGAUACCCAGAUGCCACAGACUUAAUGCCAUAUUUAUCACAGGGUGACAGGAAACCUUGUGACUCUCCAGAGGACAGACCUCAGAACCCCUCAGUGCUCAAAUGCAGUAUUUGUGAUUUCAUCUUGUAAAUGGAUUUUAAUAAAAAAGACCCCACACAUCUUUACAUACAUACACGGCAUGGACCAGAGAAGGACCCAUGAUGAUUCAUUUUGUCUAAAGUAUCCUUCAGUAUUUUUAAAACCGUGUGAUGAUCCACGGGCAGCACAAACCUUUAAUCCCCAUGAGCAGUUAAAUUCCUGUUUUUAUUUUGUCCUUCUGUGCUCAUCUUCCGUGAAAAUAAAUAAGUGAAUGAUUUUUUUUUUUCUUUUUUCCGGGCUUUGCUCUCCCUGCAAGUUCAUUAAAUGCAGAAUGUUGUCUUUUGAGGAUCUUGUGGCCGAACGCUCCUUGCCAUCUGUUAAAUGACUUCCCGUUGUCUGUGUGUGUUCAUGUGCGCCAGUGAUGGGCUUCUCCACAGCCCCCGAGACUGUCUGAGGCGUUGCAGCCGUCAGAAUGAAAACAUUAUCAAUCAGUACCCAACGACAGCUGUUUUUGACAAGUUUCUGUCUGACGCCUGAUGCUUUACAACUGUCAAUAAGGCUCUUUCUUUGUCUGGCAGGUCGCAGCACUCGCUGUCUUACUGCUUCCUCUUGGCAUCCUGGACUCUGUAACCCUAGAAUUUGCUGUGUUUGGGAACCCCAGGUGGGGGAGGGGAGGGGGGAGGGGACAUGCGUCUUGUUCUUACUUUUGUGUGAGGUGCCACAGGUGUCUUGGUUUGCAUAUUCAAAGAUAUAGGAAAACAGUCUGUUGUAUAUUUCCUCAGUUAGCAUCUUGUUAUAUUUAUGGAAGUGACCCAUUUUUGUACCUUCUUAGCUAAAGCAGUUGCCUCUUUUUAUACUGGCAAUUAAUUUAUAUAAGACUUUGUAUCUACCAUAGUUUACAGUAUUGGUGGCUGGAUAACUGCCAUAUCACCCUGUCUUUCUAUGGAGAUUUACUCUAUCCAGACUUAAAAGUUGACAGGCUCACGUGGGCAUUUGCUAGGCAACAAGAACUUGCCCUAUUCACGAUUUAUAUGAUUUCCACUGUCUUGCAAUGAAAAUAAAUGCUUAGUAGAACAAGCGUUUCCAGACUCUUUUCAGCCUUAGCAUUUGAAAGCCCCAGAUUUCUGCUUACUUUGUGUCGCCUGUUUAAGUCUUCAAAAUAAGUUCUGCUGCUCUUCAACCAAAGCAAAUGAUUGAUAUGUGUGCCUUUUGAAGCUAUUGUGAGAACCUUAAA